UUUUUUUUUUUUUGGUUUGCCGGAUCCGCCAUAUUGAAGAGGACGGGCAUCCGCGGCUGCGGAAGCUAGUCUCCGCCGCCGCCGGAGCCGCAACCUCCCUGCACCCGGCCCGUCCGGGCCUCUGCCGCGCGGAGCCCCUCCCCGUAUCGCUCAGCUCACAGGCCUCGCGGGAGGCGGCUUCUUCUGCGCCCGGUGCUUCGCUGGGCGCCGGGUGCUAGGAGCAAGCCGCAGCAGAGUGAGCAGGCCCGGAGCGGGGACAGAGGCGGCGACCAGUAGAAGGUGAAGCCGCCACUGCGGGAGGAGGAGCAGGAGGAGGUGACGCAGGAGAAACGCACCGCCCGGAGCCCGUCUGCGCUCAGAAAGAGCCUCAGCCCGAGGCGAGAAGGGGGAAGAGGCCCGCCGCCGGCUGAGGAGGGAGGGGGAGGAGGAGGCGGCCGCGGCCACCUCUGCUGCAAGGCGGGCGCGGCGAGCAGCGAAUUCCGGUGCCCCUGUGCAGCUCCCCGGUCCCUACGCCUACGGUCCUUCGACACACUUUGUCGCCCGUCACCGUUGGGCCUGGGAUGCACCCAGGGUCGGCCUUGUCCCGGGACUGAGCCUUGAUUGUCGCCUCCGCGUGUCUUGCUUCUUAAGACGCCUGUGUCGUGCGGUUAUGCAAUGGUCUCUGCAAGAUGGUUUAUUCUUGAAUUGGAGCUUUUUAAGACUGACAAAUGCUGGUACUUCAUCUUCUAUAAGUGGACUAUAAUUUCUUUUUUCAAGACAACUACAUAAGCAGACAAAAUUGCAAAGAUCUGCCCUGUGUCGAGUAUGACAGCCACGACUCGUGGCUCUCCAGUAGGAGGGAAUGACAGCCAGGGCCAGGCUCCUGAUGGACAGUCUCAGCCCGCCCUCCAACAGAAUCAGACCUCAUCGCCUGAUUCUUCCAAUGAAAAUUCCCCGGCAACUCCUCCCGAUGAACAAGGUCAGGGUGAUGCCCCAUCACAGCUUGAAGAUGAGGAGCCUGCAUUUCCACAUACUGACCUAGCAAAGUUGGAUGACAUGAUCAAUAGGCCUCGAUGGGUGGUUCCAGUUUUGCCAAAAGGGGAAUUAGAAGUGCUUUUAGAAGCUGCUAUUGACCUUAGUAAAAAAGGCCUUGAUGUUAAAAGUGAAGCAUGUCAGCGAUUUUUUCGAGAUGGGCUAACAAUAUCUUUCACUAAAAUCCUUACAGACGAGGCAGUGAGUGGCUGGAAGUUUGAAAUUCAUAGGUGUAUUAUCAAUAAUACUCAUCGCCUGGUGGAGCUAUGUGUGGCCAAGUUGUCCCAGGAUUGGUUUCCACUUCUAGAACUUCUCUCCAUGGCCUUAAAUCCUCAUUGCAAAUUCCAUAUCUACAAUGGUACACGUCCGUGUGAAUCCGUUUCCUCAAAUGUUCAAUUGCCUGAAGACGAACUCUUUGCUCGUUCUCCAGACCCUCGAUCACCAAAAGGUUGGCUAGUGGAUCUUCUCAACAAAUUCGGCACUUUAAAUGGAUUCCAGAUUUUGCAUGAUCGUUUUAUUAAUGGAUCAGCAUUAAAUGUUCAAAUAAUUGCAGCCCUUAUUAAACCAUUUGGACAAUGCUAUGAGUUUCUCACUCUUCAUACGGUGAAAAAGUACUUUCUUCCAGUAAUAGAAAUGGUUCCACAGUUUUUAGAAAACUUAACUGAUGAAGAACUGAAAAAAGAAGCAAAGAAUGAAGCCAAAAAUGAUGCUCUUUCAAUGAUUAUUAAAUCUUUGAAAAAUUUAGCUUCAAGAGUUCCAGGACAAGAAGAAACUGUAAAAAAUUUAGAAAUAUUUAGGUUAAAAAUGAUACUUAGAUUAUUGCAAAUUUCUUCUUUCAAUGGAAAGAUGAAUGCACUUAAUGAGGUGAAUAAGGUGAUAUCAAGUGUAUCAUACUACACCCAUCGGCACGGUAACCCUGAGGAGGAAGAAUGGCUCACAGCUGAACGAAUGGCGGAAUGGAUACAGCAGAACAAUAUUUUGUCGAUAGUCUUGCGAGAUAGUCUUCAUCAACCACAGUAUGUGGAAAAGCUAGAGAAGAUUCUUCGUUUUGUCAUCAAAGAAAAAGCCCUGACCUUACAAGAUCUUGAUAAUAUCUGGGCAGCACAGGCAGGGAAGCAUGAAGCCAUUGUGAAGAAUGUACACGAUCUACUGGCAAAGUUGGCAUGGGAUUUUUCUCCUGAGCAACUUGAUCAUCUUUUUGAUUGCUUUAAGGCCAGUUGGACAAAUGCGAGUAAAAAGCAGCGAGAAAAGCUACUUGAGCUGAUACGUCGUCUUGCAGAAGAUGACAAAGAUGGUGUGAUGGCGCACAAAGUGUUGAACCUCCUCUGGAAUCUGGCCCAUAGUGAUGAUGUGCCUGUAGACAUCAUGGACCUGGCCCUCAGCGCCCACAUAAAAAUACUAGAUUACAGUUGUUCCCAGGACCGUGACACACAGAAGAUACAGUGGAUAGAUCGCUUUAUAGAAGAGCUUCGCACAAAUGACAAAUGGGUAAUUCCUGCACUGAAACAAAUUAGAGAAAUUUGUAGUUUGUUUGGUGAAGCACCUCAGAAUUUGAGUUCUUCUCGUUUCAGUCAAACACAGCGAAGUCCCCAUGUGUUCUAUCGCCAUGACUUAAUCAAUCAACUUCAGCACAAUCAUGCCCUAGUUACUUUGGUAGCAGAAAACCUUGCAACUUACAUGGAAAGCAUGAGGCUAUAUGCUAGAGACCAUGAAGACUAUGACCCACAAACUGUGAGGCUGGGAAGUAGAUACAGUCAUGUUCAAGAAGUCCAAGAACGGCUUAACUUCCUUAGAUUUUUAUUAAAGGAUGGCCAACUGUGGCUAUGCGCUCCUCAGGCAAAACAAAUAUGGAAAUGCUUAGCAGAGAAUGCAGUUUACCUUUGUGAUCGCGAAGCCUGUUUUAAGUGGUAUUCCAAGUUGAUGGGGGAUGAACCAGACUUGGAUCCUGAUAUUAAUAAGGACUUCUUUGAAAGCAAUGUACUUCAGCUUGAUCCAUCCUUAUUGACUGAAAAUGGGAUGAAAUGUUUUGAACGAUUCUUCAAAGCUGUGAAUUGUCGGGAAGGAAAACUGGUAGCCAAAAGGAGAGCAUAUAUGAUGGAUGAUUUGGAACUGAUUGGAUUAGACUACCUUUGGAGGGUGGUGAUUCAGAGUAAUGAUGAUAUUGCCAGCCGAGCUAUAGAUCUCCUUAAAGAGAUAUACACAAACCUUGGUCCAAGGCUACAGGUCAAUCAGGUGGUUAUCCAUGAAGACUUCAUUCAGUCUUGCUUUGAUCGUUUGAAAGCCUCCUAUGACACUUUAUGUGUUUUGGAUGGUGACAAAGACAGUAUUAAUUGUGCAAGACAGGAAGCUGUUCGAAUGGUUCGAGUAUUAACUGUAUUAAGGGAAUAUAUAAAUGAAUGUGACAGUGAUUAUCAUGAGGAAAGAACAAUUCUACCUAUGUCAAGAGCUUUCCGUGGUAAACAUCUCUCUUUUAUAGUUCGAUUUCCAAACCAAGGCAGACAGGUUGAUGACUUGGAUGUAUGGUCUCAUACAAAUGAUACAAUCGGCUCAGUACGACGAUGUAUUCUCAAUCGUAUCAAAGCCAAUGUAGCUCAUACAAAAAUUGAGCUCUUUGUGGGUGGUGAACUGAUAGAUCCUGCAGAUGAUAGAAAGUUGAUCGGACAAUUAAACUUAAAAGAUAAGUCGCUAAUUACAGCCAAACUUACACAGAUCAGUUCCAAUAUGCCUUCAAGCCCUGAUAGCUCUUCUGAUUCCUCAACUGGGUCUCCUGGAAACCAUGGUAAUCAUUACAGUGAUGGUCCCAAUCCAGAAGUGGAAAGCUGUUUGCCUGGGGUGAUAAUGUCACUGAAUCCCAGAUACAUCUCUUUCCUUUGGCAAGUUGCGGACUUGGGUAGCAGCUUAAAUAUGCCACCUCUUAGAGAUGGAGCAAGAGUACUUAUGAAACUUAUGCCACCAGACAGCACAACAAUAGAAAAAUUAAGAGCUAUUUGUUUAGACCAUGCCAAACUUGGAGACAGCAGCCUUAGUCCAUCUCUUGACUCACUUUUCUUUGGUCCUUCAGCCUCACAAGUACUAUACCUAACAGAGGUAGUCUAUGCCUUGUUAAUGCCUGCUGGUGCACCUCUGGCUGAUGAUUCCUCUGAUUUUCAGUUUCAUUUCUUGAAAAGUGGUGGCCUCCCCCUUGUCUUGAGCAUGCUAACCAGAAAUAACUUCUUACCAAAUGCAGAUAUGGAAACUCGAAGGGGUGCCUACCUCAAUGCUCUUAAAAUAGCCAAGCUGUUGCUAACUGCCAUUGGCUAUGGUCACGUUCGAGCCGUGGCAGAAGCUUGUCAGCCAGGUGUGGAAGGCGUGAAUCCCAUGGCAUCGGUCAACCAAGUGACUCAUGAUCAAGCAGUGGUGCUACAAAGUGCCCUUCAGAGCAUUCCCAAUCCAUCAUCUGAAUGCAUGCUUAGAAAUGUGUCAAUUCGUCUUGCUCAGCAAAUAUCUGAUGAGGCUUCAAGAUACAUGCCUGAUAUUUGUGUAAUUAGAGCUAUCCAAAAAAUCAUCUGGGCAUCAGGAUGUGGGGCAUUACAGCUAGUAUUUAGCCCAAAUGAAGAAAUCACUAAAAUUUAUGAGAAGACCAAUGCAGGCAAUGAGCCAGAUUUGGAGGAUGAACAGGUUUGCUGUGAAGCAAUGGAAGUGAUGACAUUAUGUUUUGCCUUGAUUCCAACAGCCUUAGAUACUCUUAGUAAAGAAAAGGCUUGGCAGACAUUCAUUAUUGAUUUACUAUUGCACUGUCACAGCAAAACUGUUCGCCAGGUGGCACAGGAGCAGUUCUUUUUAAUGUGCACCAGAUGUUGCAUGGGACACAGGCCUCUACUUUUCUUCAUUACUCUGCUCUUCACCGUUUUGGGGAGCACAGCCAGAGAGAGAGCUAAACAUUCAGGCGACUACUUUACUCUUUUAAGGCAUCUUCUUAAUUAUGCCUACAAUAGUAAUAUUAACAUACCCAAUGCUGAAGUUCUUCUUAAUAACGAAAUUGAUUGGCUUAAGAGAAUCAGGGAUGAUGUUAAGAGAACAGGUGAAACGGGUAUUGAAGAGACGAUCUUGGAAGGUCAUCUUGGGGUAACAAAAGAAUUACUGGCUUUUCAAACCCCUGAGAAAAAGUAUCAUAUUGGUUGUGAAAAAGGAGGUGCUAAUCUCAUUAAGGAAUUAAUUGAUGAUUUCAUCUUCCCUGCGUCCAAUGUUUACCUGCAGUAUAUGAGAAAUGGAGAACUGCCAGCCGAACAGGCUAUUCCAGUCUGUGGUUCACCAGCUACCAUUAAUGCGGGCUUUGAGUUACUUGUAGCAUUAGCUGUUGGCUGUGUGAGGAACCUCAAACAGAUAGUAGAUUCUUUGACUGAAAUGUAUUACAUUGGCACAGCAAUAACUACUUGUGAAGCACUUACUGAGUGGGAAUAUCUACCGCCUGUUGGACCCCGCCCACCAAAAGGAUUUGUGGGGCUGAAAAACGCUGGUGCUACUUGUUACAUGAACUCUGUGAUUCAGCAGCUCUACAUGAUUCCGUCCAUUAGGAAUGGUAUUCUUGCAAUUGAAGGCACAGGUAGUGAUGUCGACGAUGAUUUGUCUGGGGAUGAGAAGCAGGACAAUGAGAGCAACGUUGAUCCCAGAGAUGAUGUAUUUGGAUACCCUCAACAAUUUGAAGACAAACCAGCAUUAAGUAAAACAGAAGACAGAAAAGAGUACAAUAUUGGUGUUUUGAGACACCUUCAGGUCAUCUUUGGUCAUUUAGCUGCUUCUCGACUACAGUACUAUGUGCCCAGAGGAUUUUGGAAACAGUUCAGGCUUUGGGGUGAGCCUGUUAAUCUUCGUGAACAACAUGAUGCUUUAGAAUUUUUUAAUUCAUUGGUGGAUAGUUUAGAUGAAGCUUUGAAAGCCUUAGGACAUCCAGCUAUGCUAAGUAAGGUCUUAGGAGGUUCCUUUGCCGAUCAGAAGAUUUGCCAAGGCUGCCCACAUAGAUACGAGUGUGAAGAAUCUUUUACGACUUUGAAUGUAGACAUUAGAAAUCACCAAAAUCUUCUUGAUUCUUUGGAACAAUAUGUCAAAGGAGAUUUAUUAGAAGGUGCAAAUGCUUAUCAUUGUGAAAAAUGCAAUAAAAAGGUUGAUACUGUAAAGCGCUUGCUUAUUAAAAAAUUGCCUCCUGUUCUUGCUAUCCAACUAAAACGAUUCGACUAUGAUUGGGAAAGAGAAUGUGCAAUCAAGUUUAAUGAUUACUUUGAAUUUCCUCGUGAGCUGGACAUGGAACCUUACACAGUUGCAGGUGUUGCAAAGCUGGAAGGAGAUAACGUAAACCCAGAGAGUCAGUUGAUACAACAGAAUGAGCAGUCUGACAGUGAGACGGCAGGAAGCACCAAAUACAGACUUGUGGGGGUGCUCGUACACAGCGGGCAAGCAAGCGGAGGACAUUACUACUCUUAUAUCAUUCAGAGGAAUGGAGGAGAUGGUGAGAGAAACCGUUGGUAUAAAUUUGAUGAUGGAGAUGUAACUGAAUGUAAAAUGGAUGACGAUGAAGAAAUGAAAAACCAGUGUUUUGGUGGAGAGUACAUGGGAGAAGUAUUCGAUCACAUGAUGAAGCGCAUGUCAUACAGGCGCCAGAAAAGGUGGUGGAAUGCUUACAUACUUUUUUAUGAACGAUUGGACACAAUAGACCAGGGCGACGAGUUGAUAAGAUAUAUAUCAGAGCUUGCUAUCACCACAAGACCCCAUCAGAUUAUUAUGCCAUCAGCCAUUGAGAGAAGUGUACGGAAACAGAACGUGCAGUUCAUGCAUAACCGAAUGCAAUACAGUUUGGAAUAUUUUCAGUUUAUGAAAAAACUGCUUACAUGUAAUGGUGUUUACUUAAAUCCUCCUCCAGGGCAAGAUCACCUGUUGCCUGAAGCAGAAGAAAUCACAAUGAUUAGUAUUCAGCUUGCCGCUAGGUUCCUCUUUACCACAGGAUUUCAUACCAAGAAAAUAGUCCGUGGCUCCGCCAGUGAUUGGUAUGAUGCAUUAUGUAUUCUGCUUCGUCACAGCAAGAAUGUACGUUUUUGGUUUGCUCAUAAUGUCCUUUUUAAUGUUUCAAAUCGCUUCUCUGAAUACCUUCUGGAGUGCCCUAGUGCAGAAGUGAGAGGUGCAUUUGCAAAACUGAUAGUUUUUAUUGCACAUUUUUCCUUGCAAGAUGGGCCAUGUCCUUCACCUUUUGCCUCUCCAGGACCUUCUAGUCAGGCUUAUGACAACUUAAGCCUGAGUGAUCACUUACUAAGAGCAGUAUUAAAUCUGCUGAGAAGAGAAGUUUCAGAGCAUGGGCGUCAUUUACAGCAGUAUUUCAACCUGUUUGUAAUGUAUGCCAAUUUAGGUGUGGCAGAGAAGACACAGCUCCUGAAAUUGAGUGUACCUGCUACCUUUAUGCUUGUGUCUUUAGACGAAGGUCCAGGUCCUCCAAUCAAGUAUCAGUAUGCUGAAUUAGGCAAAUUAUACUCGGUAGUGUCGCAGCUGAUCCGCUGUUGCAAUGUCUCGUCAAGAAUGCAGUCUUCAAUCAAUGGUAACCCUCCUCUUCCCAAUCCUUUUGGUGAUCCUAAUUUAUCACAACCUAUAAUGCCAAUUCAGCAGAACGUGGCAGACAUUUUAUUUGUGAGGACAAGUUAUGUGAAGAAAAUCAUUGAGGACUGCAGCAACUCAGAGGAAACCGUCAAAUUGCUUCGUUUUUGCUGCUGGGAGAAUCCUCAGUUCUCAUCUACUGUCCUCAGUGAACUUCUCUGGCAGGUGGCAUAUUCCUAUACUUACGAACUCCGGCCCUACUUGGAUCUGCUUCUGCAGAUCUUGCUGAUCGAGGACUCCUGGCAGACUCACAGAAUUCACAAUGCACUCAAAGGAAUCCCAGAUGACCGAGAUGGGCUGUUUGACACAAUCCAGCGCUCUAAGAAUCACUAUCAAAAAAGAGCAUACCAGUGUAUAAAAUGUAUGGUAGCUCUCUUCAGCAAUUGUCCUGUUGCUUACCAGAUUCUACAGGGCAAUGGAGAUCUUAAAAGGAAGUGGACCUGGGCAGUGGAAUGGCUUGGAGAUGAACUUGAAAGACGACCAUACACUGGCAAUCCUCAAUACACUUAUAACAAUUGGUCUCCUCCGGUGCAAAGCAAUGAAACAUCAAAUGGUUAUUUCUUGGAGAGAUCACAUAGUGCUAGGAUGACACUUGCAAAAGCUUGUGAACUCUGUCCAGAGGAGGUAAAAAAAGCCACCAGUGUGCAGCAGAUAGAAAUGGAAGAAAGCAAAGAGCCAGAUGACCAAGAUGCCCCGGAUGAGCAUGAGUCACCUCCACCUGAAGAUGCCCCGUUAUACCCCCACUCACCCGGAUCUCAGUAUCAGCAGAAUAACCAUGUGCAUGGACAGCCGUAUACAGGCCCAGCGGCGCAUCACAUGAACAACCCUCAGAGAACUGGCCAACGAGCACAAGAAAAUUAUGAAGGCAGUGAAGAAGUGUCCCCACCUCAGACGAAGGAUCAGUGAAAUGCACAUGAUUAACUGGUUCCAUCAAGACUGUGCACCCAGGCCUUACAGUCCAACCUUUUUCUGUGUCUGGCUAAUAUUUAAAACUAGAAAAAACUAUUCCUAAUCAAUAUGGAGUGGAAAGUUUAUUCACUGUCUUAUCUGCAGAAAUUUGCUGUCAAUAUAUAACUCGCCUGCAGUGGAAAGUGUAUAGUGUUUUGUAAUAAAUGGCCUGAUGCUAAUGUGUAAAUGGCAAAGGUGUAUAUAGUAUAUUAAUGUCUGACUGUUAAUUCUUAAGCGAGACUUUUUUCUUGAUGAGACUCACAGAUCUACAAAACCUACAAAAGUUAAUUUUCUUGUUAUACCCAUUGCACUCUGCAACCAGUGUUGCCUGCCUGACGGCAGUUGGAUCAACUCCUUUACAAAAACAAAAACUAAACCAACAGCAACAAACCAGAGCCCAUCCAUGUCAGCCACACCAAUAGUUUCAUGUUAAUUCUUUGCCACUGGAGUCAGUUUUAUUAUGAGCAAUGUAAGGCUGGUAACCUUUAAAUUAUUUGGUUGAUGUGGAAAAUUGGUGAUGUAACAUUGUUUCUAGAUCUUUUUCAUUGCCUUUUUAUUCUGAUGUUAGGUUAAUCACUUUGAAGCUAUAGUUAUGCUGUAACAUUUAGCAUGGCUUCACACCAGGUUAGUGUAGCCAAUGAGGAAAAAAUUACCGUAAUGACAGCAGUUGUCCCAGUGUGGCAGCUGGAUUGCUCAGAGCUUUUCCUUCUUACACCUAGAAUAUAAAAUAGAAAAACAAGGGGAGAAGUGUGAUAAACAGGUGGAUUUCAGUUACACAUAUGUUGCUUACAUCUUAAUGUUUGACAAUUCAAUCUCUGGGUGGGAUAAAGAAACUUUAAGUGUCAGUAAUGGGAAUUUUAAAAGAUUUAAAACACAUAUGCAAAAAUUUGCUAUGCCAGGAUGCUCGGAGCAUAAUAGAAGACUGUAUUUGGUGUGCUUGUUUUGUUUCUUUUGUAGAGCUUACUAGGAGAACCUUCUAAAACUUGCCUUCUACUGGAUCCCAGGGAAGCGGAAGUCCUCAGAAACCCACAGUACUUGGAAUACCACUGCACCAAGAUGUUUGCUGAGCUGCUGCUCAGUCACAGUUUUACUUGAAAGCAAGAGUUGUCCUAGCUCCUUUUCCAUUAUUCCAAAAAUUUUCAUGUUUGAAGCAGGGUCUAAUUAAAAAGAAAACUGGUUAAUAUAAUUGAGGUAUCAAUAUCAGAAUAAACAUUUAAGAUGAUAAAUUCAUCAGCUAAUACUGUAUUUAAAAGAGAAUUGGUAACUUGAAUGUGUGUAAUUUUUUGGAACCUGUCUAAAAACCAAAUACCCCUGCAAACAGAUACAGUCCACCCUAUUCUAUUUAAAUAUUUUGCUGUUUUAUUUUAUAGAAAUUAUUUUGCUGAAUUCACAAAUAGAAUUUGAUUUAAGAAGAA